AGAUCAAACGCAUACAGCAUGGUGCUUUUGUCCUGAAAGCCCAAAAUAGAGAGUGGGGGCCAUGGGAACGUUCACUGCCCUUGCGUUUCUCGCCGGCCUGGCGCUAGUUCACGGAAAUGUCAUACGGGGUCUCAAUCCUGACUUAGCAAGCUACUAUUCAGGCGUUGGUGGCAGCUUUAAGUGCAUAUCCGGCAUCGCUAAGACGAUCCCCUUCGCGCGGGUGAAUGAUGACUACUGCGAUUGCCCGGACGGGAGUGAUGAGCCAGGCACGUCGGCCUGCCAUAAUGGCCGCUUCUACUGCCGGAACCUCGGCCACGAGCCGCGCUUACUAGCUUCGGCUUUUGUGGAUGAUGGUGUAUGCGAUUGUUGCGAUGGUACCGAUGAGCCGAAGGGCAAGUGCCAAAACACUUGCUUGCAAGCCAGCGCGGUUCAUAGGGAGGCGUUGAAGAACAAGAUCUCUCAGUUUGAGCAGGCUCUGGCCACGAAGGCCGAGUAUGUCAGCAAGGCGAAGGCAUUUAAGCAGGAACUUCAGUUGAAAUCGUCAACUAUUGACGACGAUGUCGUUCGUCAGCAGGGUGUUGUGGACCACCUGAAAGGGGAGGUGACCCGACUGGAGCAGGAGGAGGCGCAGCGUAAGGCCCAUGAGGAGGCGCAGCAAGCAGCGCAGCAAGCUGAGCAGCAAGCAGCCGAGGCCCAGGCGGCACAGCAGGCGGAUCAAGCCGCCACCGAGCAACUGGAGCCCGCGGCGGGCUCUGCAGUCGCUGAGGAGCGACAGCUGCAGGAGGGGAUCACGCAGGAGACGCAGCCGGAGGAGCGGGAGGAGACGCCGGAGGAAAGGGGACGUCGAAUCGCCUCGCAGUGGACAAACGACCCUGCGGCGGCUGCAGUACCGGGCUCGCAAGGCGAUGUGAACCACGAAGAGGAGGAGGAGGGGCAGCAGGAGGAGGGGCACUACGAUGGGGAGCAGCCGUCUGGGGACUACUCGCAGGGCGCUGAGCAGCCGGACGAGGGAGAGGAGUACUCGGGGCAGCAGACCUACCAGCCACCACGCCCAGACGCGACGACGCCGCUUGGCGAGGUCAGGGCGCGUCUGUACGACGCUGAGCGGCUUUUGGAGCGGCUGCAGAAGGACAAGCAGGACAUCCAAACCUACCUCCGCGGCAACCUGGACUUCGGUCCCGACGACAUCUUCCUCUCCUUUGCGGACAAGUGCUUCACCUCCUACCAGACCCGCUGGAACUACGAGGCAUGCUUCUUCAAAAACGCCGUACAGCGGGAGGGCUACAGCAACAGCGUCACCGUGGGCCGGUGGUACGGCUUCGCGCCCGAUUACAAGACCAUGUACUUUACGGGCGGUGACGAGUGCUGGAAUGUGGGUCCUCGCAGCCUGACCGUGACGAUGUCGUGUGGCAUGGAGAACAAGCUGUCAGACGGCGAGGAGCCGGGGACUUGCAGGUACGCUGCCAAGUUUACAAGCCCUGCGCUGUGCACGGAUGCCGAGGUUGAGGAGUUGCGGCAGCAGCUGCGCAACCUGGAGGCGUUUGAGCAGGAGGUGCGGGCGCAGAUUGCCAAGGACGAGUUGUGAGACGCUGGGUGCACGUGGAGGUAGUGCAUAAGAUUAGUAGGGAUUUAGGGCUGAGCUGGCUUAGGGGGAAGGUGUAGGUUUACGGAGUAGGCGAGCGGAUGCGAGCGGGUGAGAGUAGGGACGUGCAACGGAAGGGGGAUACACCUUGAGCAUGUCUUGGAGCAAAGAGCACCAUCAUGAAGCGUUGGUACUAGGCCGCAGGACGUGAGGCAGCAUGGAACCAUCCGCAGAUGGGCUGCGUUGUAAGGCGUCACGUGUUGG